CCUAACCCAACACCUGGCAUCACUUGGUUAGGUUUCACUCUGUUAUUAGCAUUGCUCGUUUACGACACGUGAUUAGUUGUAUUUUCCAUUUAAGCCUGGUAAAAUAUUUGCAAAGAACAGUUGAAGAUACAUCCAAAUAGAAUAAGUGCUAUUUAAUGUUUUUAGAUACGCAACAGUAAAAUGGCUAAAUCGCUGCGUAGUAAGUGGAAAAGAAAGUGUAGAGCAAUUAAAAGGGAACGUUAUGGUGCAAAAGAAUUGGAAAGGUUAAAAAAAACAUUGUGUAUCGAUGAGUAUGGAUCGCAAGAUGCUGAAAUGGCAGAGAUAUCAGAAAUUGCUACAGUUGUUGACGCCAAAACAAUAAAAGAAAAUGAAAAGGCAAAGAAAACAGAAACAGAUGGACAAAAAAUGGAUGUAGAGUCGAGUAAUGUUAGGGUAUACAAUAAAAAGACACUGAAAGAUCAGUAUGGAAACUAUCCGAUAUGGAUGAGUUUGCGAAAGAUUGUCAAACACAAAAAAGGUAGAGCGAAAGCUGAAAAAGCAAGUCUAAAGUCGCACAAAAGAUUAACUAGGAAGCAGAAGAAGAAAGCAAAACGAAACUAAUCAUUCUGAAAAAUUGUUAGCAUUAAUACCUUUCCUCCUUAAACUUCCAUACUGUAAAAUGGAAAUAAAUUGUAUUAUAAAUAAAAAACUCUGUAUGCUACCUUCCCUAUAUAAACUAAUAAACAUCGUCUGAUUCAGA